CCCGGCCGCCUCAGGGCUCUCCAGCCCCGCUCUUGCGCCCCCACUGAGACCCCCUGUCCUGUGCCUCCUUCCUGGUGACUCCAGGCCGGGUCUUCCCUCCCUGCCCAGGUGACAGGUGUCCGGCCUUGGGGCCUGAGUGUUUAGCUUUCUGGCCCUCUCUAAACCUGGCCGGGAGUUUAGACGGGCCGGGAGCGGGUUGCCUUGGGAGCAGAGUCCUUCGGGUCUGCAGCUCUCGGGAGGAGGAGGCCGACUUCCUCCGUGGGGCUAAUUAACGGCCUAUCUAGGUGGCUGGGACCAGGGAAUCGGCAAAGCCUGGCGUGGAUCGGCGCCCAGCAGGGCUGAGGGCCUCCGGAGGCUUGCCGGGCUUAGAAGGGGCUAAAAGUUCUUCGACUUCAGGGAAGGGUGGGGGUGGCCGGUCCCGGAGGCCCAGGUGGAGCGGUCCCAGCGAGGGGGAGGAAGGGAUGACUUCUUCAGGGCAGCCCAGAGCCUCUCUCAACCCUAGAACUCUCUUUAACUCAGCCCUCGGCCGAAAGCGCAGGAGAGGUGGCCCCACACUCUUCAGAUCUUAAGGAAGGAUGUACCGCGGGCCCGCUACUCGGGGACUCGGAAUGUGGGCUCUUUAAGGCAGUCGGACCCGGAUUCCCCCCCCCCCCCCUUAGCUGGGACUAAAUAGGCUGAGGUUUGGCCCCCGGUGGGAAAUGAUUGUCACAGCCGCGGACCAAUAGGUACCAUUAGGGUCCUAGGACGUUUGAAGGGACCAUUUUUCAAUUCAGUUUUUUCUCCCCCUUUGGAGGGGGUGGGACUGGAGAGAUGACUGGAGGAGGGAGAGUGGGGGAGACUAGGGGCGCGUGGUUUUCCCAUCUCAUCCCUGGAGGAGGGGCCGGAGCAUCCCGGGUAGCCAAUCAGGGACAGGCUAGCCGGGGGGGGGGGGCGCUUUGAAGAAGUUUGGGAGAAAAAAAGUUUGGAAAAGUUGCUAUAAUAACGAGGGGGCGUCUGGAGGGAGGCGGCAGCGACCGAAGAGGAGGCGUCUCGGAGAAAGGGAGGGAGGGAGCCACCCUCGAGUGAAGCUCCAGCAGCGUCCAGAGCCUCCCCCUCCCAACCCAGGCGGGACCUGGGGGCUCCGGCCGGAUCCAUGGGGGCGGCCAGCUGCGAGGAUGAGGAGCUGGAAUUUAAGCUGGUGUUCGGGGAGGAAAAGGAGGCCCCCCCGCUGGGCGCUGGGGGCCCUGGGGAAGAGCUGGACUCCGAGGAUGCCCCUUCGUGCUGCCGUUUGGCCCUGGGGGAAACCCUUCCUUAUGGUGCUGCCCCAAUUGGCAUUCCCCGACCGCCGCCCCCUCGGCCAGGCAUGCACUCGCCACCGCCCCGUCCUGCCCCUUCCCCUGGCACCUGGGAGAGCCAGCCGGCUCGGUCGGUGAGGCUGGGGGGUCCAGGAGGGGGCGCGGGAGGUGCCGGGGGCGGCCGUGUCCUCGAGUGUCCCAGCAUCCGGAUCACCUCCAUCUCUCCCACGCCUGACCCACCGACCUCCCUGGAGGACGCCCCCGAACCCUGGGGGGACGGCUCUCCCAGAGAGUACCCCCCGCCGGAGGGCUUUGGGGGCUACCGAGAGGCGGGAGGCCAGGGCGGAGGCGCCUUCUUCAGCCCGAGCCCCGGAAGCAGCAGCCUGUCCUCGUGGAGCUUCUUCUCGGACGCCUCGGACGAGGCGGCGCUGUACGCGGCCUGCGACGAGGUGGAGUCCGAGCUCAACGAGGCAGCCUCCCGCUUCGGCUUGAGCUCUCCGCUGCCCUCGCCCAGGGCUUCCCCCAGGCCGUGGACCCCGGACGACCCGUGGGGCCUGUACGGCCCGAGCGCCGGGGGCCGAGCGCCCGAGGACGGCUGGCUGCUCCUCAGCGCCCCGGGGCCCGUCCCCGCCUCCCCUCGGCCUGCUUCUCCCUGCGGCAAGCGGCGCUAUUCCAGUUCUGGAACCCCGUCUUCGGCCUCCCCGGCUUUGUCCCGUCGGGGCAGCCUCGGGGAAGACGGGCCAGAGCCCCCUCCACCGCCCCCAUUGCCUCUGGUCCGGGACCCCAGCUCCCCGGGCCCCUUCGACUAUGGGGGUGCGCCGCCGACCGAGAGCGUCCCUCAGAAAACCCGGAGGACUUCCAGCGAGCAGGCGGCGGCCCUGCCGCGGCCGGAGGAGCCUGCCUCGUGCAACGGGAAGCCUCCCUCCGCCGCGGAGGAGGCCGUGGCCGCUCCAGGCGCCCUGCGGAAAGAGGCGGCUGGCAUGGACUACCUAGCGGUGCCUUCUCCCCUGGCUUGGUCCAAGGCCCGGAUCGGGGGACACAGCCCCAUCUUCAGGACCUCUGCCCUACCUCCGCUGGACUGGCCUCUGCCUAGCCAGUAUGAGCAGCUGGAGCUGAGGAUUGAGGUACAGCCCAGAGCUCACCACCGGGCCCACUACGAGACCGAGGGCAGCCGAGGAGCUGUCAAGGCUGCUCCAGGAGGCCACCCUGUGGUUAAGCUUCUAGGCUACAGUGAGAAGCCACUGACCCUCCAGAUGUUCAUUGGCACUGCAGAUGAAAGGAGCCUGCGGCCGCACGCCUUCUACCAGGUGCACCGCAUCACUGGCAAGAUGGUGGCUACGGCUAGCUACGAAGCUGUAGUCAGCGGGACCAAAGUGCUGGAGAUGACCUUGCUCCCAGAGAACAACAUGGCUGCCAACAUUGACUGCGCUGGAAUCCUGAAGCUUCGGAACUCAGACAUUGAGCUACGGAAGGGUGAGACAGACAUCGGGCGCAAGAACACACGUGUGCGGCUGGUGUUCCGUGUUCACGUGCCUCAGGGCGGCGGGAAGGUCGUCUCUGUGCAGGCGGCGUCAGUGCCCAUCGAGUGCUCCCAGCGCUCAGCCCAGGAGCUGCCCCAGGUGGAGGCCUACAGCCCCAGUGCCUGCUCUGUGAGGGGAGGGGAGGAGCUCGUGUUGACUGGUUCCAACUUCCUGCCAGACUCCAAGGUGGUGUUCAUUGAGAGGGGCCCUGAUGGAAAGCUGCAGUGGGAGGAGGAGGCCGCGGUGAACAGGCUGCAGAGCAGUGAGGUGACACUGACUCUGACCAUCCCUGAGUACAGCAACAAGCGGGUGUCCCGGCCCGUCCAGGUCUACUUCUACGUCUCCAAUGGGCGGAGGAAGCGAAGUCCUACCCAAAGCUUCAAGUUUCUGCCUGUGAUCUUCAAGGAGGAGCCCCUACCAGACUCAUCUCUCCGGGCCUUCCCUUCUGCGACGGGUCCCCCCUUUGGCACUGACAUGGACUUCUCACCACCCAGGCCCCCUUACCCCUCCUAUCCCCAUGAAGACCCUGCUUAUGAGACUCCUUACCUGUCAGAAAGCUUUGGUUAUAGCACGCCCACUCUGUACCCCCAGACAGGGCCUCCACCAUCCUAUAGAUCAGGCCUGCGGAUGUUCCCUGAGGCCGGGGGUACCACAGGUGUGCGCCCACCUUCUAUCUCCUUCCUUCCCCGCCCCUUUCCUGGUGACCCGUAUGGAGGACAGGGCUCCUCUUUUGCCCUGGGGCUUCCCUUCUCCCCUCCGGCCCCCUUUAGGCCUCCACUCCCUUCCUCCCCACCACUUGAAGAGUCCUUCCAUCCCCAGAGUGCUAUCCAACCCCUACCUGCUGAGGGCUACGAUGAGGUGGGGCCAGGCUAUCCCCCUGGGGAGGGGGCUUCGGAGCAGGAGAAAUCCAGGGGUGGCUACAGCAGCGGCUUCAGAGACAAUGUACCUGUCCAGGGUGUCACCCUGGAGGAAGUGAGUGAGAUCAUUGGCCGAGACCUGAGUGGCUUCCCUGCACGUCCUGGAGAAGAGCCUCCUGCCUGAGCCACGAGUAGUGGCUCCAGAAGCCCUGCCUCCUUGCCCCCUUAACAGGGGUGCUGGCUCCAGAAGCUUGGAGCCAGCUUCUGUCUUCCAGUCUCCCCUCCCUCUCCCAGCUAAGGUGUGCCCCUCCCACUGCCCCCUUCCUGGGCCUGGUGCUGCCUUGAAAGGGAGUGAGGUGCAGAGGAUAGAGGAUGAGGGUGGAGGCGGAGGCUGGAUGCCCGAACUGACUGGGAUGAAGAUGAUGUCCCGGCUGUGCAGGCCGUGAUGCUGGACAGGUUGAUGGGUAAUAAACGGCUUGCUGACCAGUG